GAUAAAGACUAAGUUGGUUUGGCGUAAGUUUCCAAUGGAAUCAGAGUGAGGGAUACUUAUCCUUCCAUUUUUAGUUGCUUUCAGUACAUACCCAAUUUGCUUCCCAUAAAGAUGAAUUGUAUUCUAUUCAAUUUCCCUCUGUUUACUAUUUCUUAAAUCGUUUACUUAUACCUAAUUUUACACUCUCCCAUCAAAUUGGUGUUUAUCCUUUACUUCUUCUUCUUCUUCUUUUUUCUUUUUUUUUUUUUUUAAUGUCACAUCCAGAUACUACUGCCAGAGAGAGAGAGAGAGAGAGAGAGACAGGAGGAAAUAGAGGUAUUUCACCUGGAGGAGGCCAAUUGGAGCCGACCCAGAUGACCAGAUCUCUCUAUUUUGUUGUUUUCGUUUUCAAUUUAUGAAGUAAACGCUUUCCCUGGAAGAAAUUUCUGUAUUUAAAAGUAAACUAUCUACUCAUUUUCUUCUUUGGAGUUUCUCCUCAGGAACAAGGCAUUUAUAUCUUUCAUUGGUGAAACAAAGUUGUAACCAAAUGAUGUUUCUCAUGAACAGUGAAGUCUUUGGAUUAUAAGAUGGGGCGAUUCUUUUGAGUUUAUUUUUCUCCCUUUUCGUGGGGGAUUACCCACUUGGAUUUUCGAUUGAAAUUUUCAUUAUGUAUCAAUUAGUUGAGUGAUGCAUUCUGAUACUGUGGCGAGAUACUAGUUUUGCGAACGAAGUAUUUCAGAACAGCUUUUGCGGGAAUCUGGGUUUACGAGGAAAAUAUAUUUUGGUAAAUGGAUCGCGAAGAAAGGAAUCGCCAAGAUGGUGGUGAUGUGUCGAGUCGAGUAGAAACAGUGGUGCCUAAACCCACAAAUGAUUUGGUUAAUGGCGACAGGAUCGAGGCUACCAUUGUAAUUAUCCCAGAAAGCGCCGCCUCUGCCUGCGGCGACAAGGAAGCUCACGGCUUCGGUGGAGAAGCUAUACCAAAUGUUAAUAUAGAUACAAGGGAGGGUUCGAAUCUGAAUCCUUCAGAAACUGUACUGGUUAUUGAUUCGGAUGGUGCUGCAUCUAGAGGUGAAGACGGAGAAUCGCUUAUGAAGAACAGUGAAAUGGGGUUGAGGAAGGAUUUGGAAAAGUUGAAUGUAAAAUCAAAGAUGUCAGAAACGAAGGACAAUCCGAUGUUGAUAAAUGUCAAGCCAAAAGGGGGUAAAGGGUUUAUAGAUGACUGGAAUGGAGAAAGGGUCUGUAGGAUCUGCCAUUUGGCUUCCAACCAAGCUUCAGAGGCUAAAACUGGGACCAGUACUUCGGAAUUGAUUCAACUUGGUUGUGACUGCAAAGAUGAGCUGGGAAUUGCGCAUGGUCACUGUGCUGAGGCAUGGUUCAAGCUCAAAGGAAACAGAAUGUGCGAAAUUUGUGGUGAGACUGCUAAAAACGUCGAAGGAGUUGGGGACAACAGAUUUAUGGAAGAGUGGAACGAGGGGAGAUCAGUAGACAGCAAUGGAAACACAUCAAACAGGGGUGGGGGAUGUUGGAGGGGACAGCCAUUCUGUAACUUUUUGAUGGCAUGUCUGGUAAUAGCUUUUGUUCUUCCAUGGUUUUUUCGUAUAAACAUUUUCUAGCAAGUGUCAAAAGAAAAAAAAAAGAAAAAAAAGAAGAAUUCUUCUUUUCCCAUGGAACGGUUGACGUUUUCAACUUAACUUUGUUCUAAUGCUAGUUAAACCCUGUAAAUCUUACGAUCUUGCCAAACAGAUGAAUUUGUGGCUGUUUUUUGUUUUUUGUUUUUUUUUUCAGUGCAGUUUCUGAAGCUUUUGUGUCGAGAAUUGCUUGAAUAUUGAUCCUAACUUCGCUUU